AUGCAAGCACUAGGACACCCUCUCCAGCACCAUGGAGCCUUUUGCCGGAUGUCCACAUCUGGAGAAGUCUCUCCCUCCCCCCCUUCACUUCCAUUGGUUUUUACGGAGUGGACUCGCGAGCCCAUUUUUGAACUUGGAGAUGAUACACCUCGGACCACCAAACACAUGAGGCUUUGUAUCGAAGAAGCUUCCAACAAAGUGGGUCUGGACAAGGAGAAUACAAAGGCUGCUGAACAAUUUUUCAAUGUCCUUUUCAUUAAACUGCAGAGUAUUGAGAAAUUACUUCAAGAUGGUAUGCAGGUGUUUCAAGAGCCUGACUCUCAUCAUGCCACACUUUUACUGGACACUGGCUUUAAGUCCCACCUACAAACAAAGAUUGUGGGUGUCUAUUGUCUCCUGACAUCACGGCAUAUCUUGCUGAAGUGGUCAAAGUUAUUAUGUGGUCAGAACCUCAUCCGGCAAAAUCCCGACCUCUUCAAUGUUCCAGACAAUUUCUUCGACAAUCAAACACUUGCCGUCCAGCUGCAGAAGCUGGUAACUGAAGGACUCGCCAGCGCAAGAUGUUCCAUCAAGGCGAAGCUCAACCAUUCUCUUGAAAAGAAGAGUAAGGGUGUACAGGCAAAGCCCCAGCCCAUCCGGACACUCUGCUGUUUGGCUAUUCCCAGGAUGGAAAUAAAGGGUGCUCACUGGACCAGAUAUCAUGCUGAAAAUCGGAUUUAG